UACGGCCUUCCUUAUACGGCUCAAAUUAUCUCAUCUUCUGAAACCCAAAUAUUCUAAAAAACCCAAAUUAACUCAAUUGGAUCAAAGAACGGGGAGAAAAAUAAUGCUCCUCUCGUACGAGGAAGGCCCUUUUUUUCACACCCAGAAGGCCUAAAAAUGCGGUAAGCUCUUCAUGCCCCUGCAAUUCUUACAAUCAUGGCAAGCACCGCCGUCGACUGCCGGAGAGCCGCUCCGUUCGUCCAGAAUCCACGACCGCGGUAGUUCAAGGUAUCAUGUUAACAUUGUGGUCUUAGCUGUUGUGGACUAAAAGAAAACUCAAGUGUUUUUGCUGUCCGUUAAGUGCUAUGCUAUCCUACAGCAUGAAAUAAACAUAGUCAUGGACCAUUUGCGGAAGCAGAUACUUUCAUCUAUCUUCAAAUGUGCUUCUGUAAGCCAUUGUGAUAACUGCUUUAGAUCAUCAAGAGCCAAGUUUCGAACUAAUGGUUCAAUCCACACCUAUCAGAAGUAUAGGUUUUAUCGCACGAAAAGGAAAUCUAGGGAAAUAUGGGAGAAAAUAUUCCAAUUUCCCGAGACUGUGAAGAGAGAAGCACAGUCUUCUCUAUUAGACUACCUGCAUUCCACCAGAGGAUUGCAAUAUCCGGAUGCCCAACACAUAAGUGGAAACUCCCCUUAUUUUCUUAAUAACUUGGUGAAAAUGGUGAAUAAUGAUAGUCAUAGUGCAGGGUCUAUAUCCAGGUAUUUGAGGUACCAUCCCAUUAAUGAGUUCGAGCCCUUCUUUGAGAGUAUGGGGAUGAACCCUUCUGAGUACUCUAUGUUUCUCCCAUCAAAGUUGAUAUUCUUGAGUGAUGAUCAAGUUUUGAUUCACAACUAUCGUGUGCUCUGCAGUUGCGGUUUUGCACGGAGUAAGAUCGGAGAAAUUUACAAAGAAGUCCCCAAUAUCUUCAGGUACUGUCAAGGAGUAUUGGAAUCAAAGCUCAAGGCGUUUGGCAAGGUUGGGUUUGACCAACUCAGUCUAGUUAAGCUAAUUCGUUCUAAUCCACGCCUUUUGGAGGGGAAUGUAGAUAGGGAGUUCUUUAUAUUUUUGGAGAAGUUGAAGUGUUUGGGAAUUAAUCAAGACUGGAUUUUUCAGCAAUUAUUGAAAGAAAACUCUUAUGAGUGGGGCUAUUUAUCUGAAGCCUUACUCUUGUUCAGGAAGUUGGGUUUCAAUGAGGAGAAACUGGGUAAAGUCAUAAGUAAUAAUCCUGAUAUUUUAUUUGGGGGCUCAGGAUGUAAUGUAUUUUCAAUUAUGGGGUUCUUGUGGAAAUUUGGAUGCACUCAGAAUAAGAUAUACUGUAUUUUUUCCCAUUUCCCACAAAUUCAAACUGGAAUGUUUCUUAAGAACUUAAGGAAUUGUUACCAGAUUCUUAUUGAUAUUGAAAUGCCUUCACAUCAGAUUGAGAAUGUUUUUAGUUCAUACCCUUUGCUUCUGGGUUCAUGUUCUUUAAAGAAAGUAGAUAGCUUGCUUCGUACUUUAAAUACUGGGAAGAGGAGGCUCCGUAAAACGAUCUUGGAGGACCCACAUAUUUUGAAGAAAUGGGUUUUAGGAAAAAGAGUCGUGCCGUUCCCAUCAACAGGAGAGAGAAAAAAAUCGAAAGACAUGAAAAAUAAAUUUGUUUUGAGUUUGGGCUUUCUUGAAAACAAAGGUGAAAUGGAAGAAGCUCUUAAAUCUCUUCGAGGCAAAGGAUUGGAGCUUCAAGAGAGGUUUGACUGUUUGGUCAAUGCCGGUUUGGAUCCAAAGGAUGUGUCCACAAUGAUCAAAGGUUAUCCCAAUAUUCUAAACCAAACAAAAGAGGUGAUUGAAGAAAAGAUUGAUUUUCUUGUGAACAUCUUGGGAUAUCCGCUAUCUAGUUUAGUUUCGUUUCCAUCAUACAUCGCGUUCAACACUCAGAGAACCAAACUCAGGGUGUUUAUGUAUAAUUGGCUGAAAGAUCAGGGGAGAGUGGAUCCAAACUUGGCCUUGAAAACUAUUGUUGCUUCUUCUGAGAAAACAUUCGUGAGUAGGUACGUAAAUCAGCAUCCUGGAGGACAUGACGUUUGGGAAGAUUUGAAGAAAGGCAUUCAACUGCAGUAAUUUUGAGAAUCAUUUGAAGGGACGUGAGAUGCACCGUUUACAGGGAAGUUCUCAUUUGCUGAGAUAUGAGGGUUUCAAUUGCAUAUUUCUCACAGCUUGAAUCGUGCAGUUGGCAUAAGCCCAAAAUCUGACAAGCCUAGAAGGAGAUGCUGCGACAAUGUGAUCAGUACAGCAUGUAAACAUUUGCUUUAGAAGAAGCCAGCAAGAACAACAAGAAGGGCGAUCGGAAUACAUUAUUCAACUGUGGAAGGUUGUGUUGAGGUUCUUUACAUGCCAUUUAAUUUUGGUCAGUACUGUUCCUGUGUGAUCGGAAUACAUUAUUCAACUGUGAUUAUAUUUCAAAUAUUGGGUCAACCAUUAUUAUGACUUCAGGUUAUGAUCAAAACCAUAUCAUAACAAGUCAACCAUAUAAUAUACGUAGUCUUAGUUUGUAUAUUUAUAUUUGGUGUUGUGGAAUGGAAUAACUUGACAUGAUGUUGGAGUGGAUCAAUUUUGAAAUUCUUAAGCCUUUUUGUUACAAAA